GCGUGGACAGCAGAAGAUGCUUCGGCUGGUCGUCAGCAAGCUGCCUCCUCACAAGCCUCUGAUGGGGAGAGAAUGGAUCGGUCCACUUCAGAUGGGCCUGAAGUCACCUGCACAGAUCGUGCCGCAGAGACAUCCCACUCCGACGCCGGAGGAGGUCUUCGCAGGUGUCCAGGGCAAGGUGUUCGCGAGGCUGGACCUGCGAGACGCCUACUUGCAGCAGGAGCUGGAAGCCGACUCCAAGGACAUCACAACGGUGACCACUCACAUCGGGAGGCUGCGCAUGAACCGGCUGCCCUUCGGUAUCAGUGAGUGUUGUGGGAUCUUCCAGUCAGCUAUUGAUCAGAUCUUGGAAGGCAUUGAUGGUUGUGUGGCGUAUCUUGAUGACCUGUUGGUGACGGGUGAGAACGAAGCAACCUCCUGA